GCCACAAAAAAAGAGUGGGGAUAUCAUACUAUAUAAAGGCGCGCACGAGGAACGAGCACCAAUGGCUGAUCAACCGCCGCCGGACGAGGAGCAGCCAAGUGGAAGUCGCGGGUUAGUGUUUCCGGGUUAUAAAUACGUCGGUCCAGGAAAUUCGUUAAAUCGCGGAGUGCCAAUAAACGCAUUAGACGCCGCAGCAAAAAAACACGACGAAAAAUAUCACAAAAUUACUGAAUAUUAUAAAAAAACAAAAAAUAAAAAACAUUUUGAAGAACAAAUACAAACUGCUGACAUUGAAUUUGUGAACGAAGUUGCAACAUUUGCCCCAGAUACGAGUUACGACCAGGUGGUAAAGUGGAUAGCCUUGGCAGGAAUAGAAGGAAAGCACAUUCUAGAAAAAUAUACUGGAAUUAUCUACCCACGAGUGUCGGAUCAAGACAAGAGCGGCGACAUGGAAGUACCAGGAAACGUAAAUUCGGUAAUUGGAACCGGUGUGCAAAAUACGAACAAUGUACAUAAAUUUCAAUUUAAGAAAAAGUUUACAUUUGCAAUCGAAUCAACAAAAGCGACAUACACGAAGAGCUCCAGCGAGCUAGUAUACAAUACAUAUAUACACAGCAUGCCAUGGCAAUAUAUUUAUUUCUAUCUAACUGAAAAAGAAUAUGACGACAUGACUAAAAUAUUCCACACGGCAAAAGUGACAAACUGCGGAAUAAAAAUUACAAAUCUAGGAAACAGGACUCCGUUCUUAACAUCAACAUCAUCAGUAAAUUAUGCAAAUGCAAAUUCACAAACUACAAUCGGCAUAUGGGAAAACAUGGAGCUGUUGGCACCGGUAGAAUUGGGAAGAAACAUUACAAAUAAAACACUAUACGGUGAAACAUUGGAAAAAUACAAAACGGGAGAGACGCAAGAUCCGGACCAUUCGACGGCACAAGCGAAGUUGAUAGAUAACAAGAUUAUUUACAAAUUCAAAAUUAAUAAUACAAACAAAAACUUCUUACUACCUCCGCUAAUUAUGGAAUCUACCAUACUAUACAACGCGACAAAUUCAAUCGGACCAAUAUACGAAAAAGCUUACACACCAAAGGAUGGCACAUUUCACAUUGACAAUGACGGAUUCGAAGACGAUAUGAAUAUCAUUAGAAACGAAGGACCAUCAAACCUGUUAAACACGAGCACCGCCGGUAUAAAAAAUCUUGGAUACGUCAAAAGUAAAACUAAACCAUACACAGAAGCAACCAUUGACAAUAUAACAAUUGGCAGAUUAUUUAAAAAUGCACCAAAAGAUUUCAUGGGUAGCGUCGGAGUAGGCAUUAUACCCCUAUUAAACAAAGACGGAAGUCUAGAAGACGCAAUACUAAACAUUAUGGUAGAAACAUGUAUAGAAAUCGAAUGUAUAUCGCACGGAACAAACUUACUUAUGGGAAAAUAUGCAGGAAUACAACCAAACACUCUAUUCGCGGGAUUGGCAAUCGAUAGAUACAAAUGGAAUAACAGAUACACUAUAGCCGGAACGCCAGCAGUAGAUGCCGGUGCAGUUAAAAGGACUAUAAACAUGAAUCCCGCAGUACCACAAACACCACCACAUCAACAACAAACACCACCAAGGCAAGAACAAACACCACCAAGACAACAAGUGACACAACACCAACCAAGACAACAAGUAACACAACAACAACCACCACCAACACAACAAGAGAGGCCGCCCGCUCAACAAACAGGAAGUAAAAGAAAAGAACCUGAAGAUCAAGAAGCAAACGUACAACAAAAAAGACCAAAAACAUGGUUCAAUGACAACAAUGAAAUCAUCAAAAUAGAUGGCGUCGAAUACAUAGUAGUACGAGCAGAAAAAAUUCCAGGUCAAAAAAAAAUUACCAGAAACAUGACAAAUGAAGAAAAAUUGGCAACAGCGGAACAAAACGAAAACACUCGCAGAGCAGCAGUAGCGCUAGCAGAAAAAGAAAUACAUAAAAGAAUUAUGUUGACUGGCAAAUUUUUAAAUUUGGGCAUACCAGAAGGCGGAUAUUACAUUAACACAAAUGAAAAUCACAGACAAGCAAUAAUGAACACAGCCACGCAAAAACCAGAACAACCCCCUCAACAACCCCAACAAGGGACAAGUACAUCACAAAUAGAAAGACCACCACAAGCGGAGACGGUAACGGUAACACAAAGAGCAUUGACAAGACUAGACAUCAUCGCAGAAGGAACUAGAACAACACUGUGGCUAUACGAAAACGAAAAACAAUUGGAAGAACAAUUCAAAAAAAACAUACCAAACAAAAUAAAAGUGACAAAACAACCGGCAGAAGACACCAUAACGUUCGCAGUAAACAAUGGCAGAGACAACGUAUGGCCAACAUUAAAUUUCAAAUUAAGACAACUCACACAAGGAGAAAGAAGUGACAUCUAUCAUGAAGUUAUGAAGACAAUUCACAGUACUUAUCCAAAAUAAUAAACUAAUGUAAUCCUGA